UCAAACUAGGAGGACCAAAACGCUAUUUUAACCAUUUUUCUUAAAAGGCUAUGGGUAUAUAUAUGUAUUUGUUAUCUAUUUACUUUUGGCAUUGCGUUAUUUAAAUAAUAACCAAACCCGCGAAAAAAGAAUGGAACUCGCCGGUGCUCAGCUCUGGUCCGGUAUUUUCGAGGCUCAAAAACCAUUGCAAAGUCAUAAUCCGAGAGCUUCAAGUUGCCAGGAUUUUUGGGAUUGCAUUGUCUGUUAUGUUAGUAAGAGGUUAAUUAAGAGGUGUUAAAGCAGAAAAUGGCGGAUAAGAAAGGAAUGGAACAACUUGUUUUACGAAUUUUGGAAGGUGAAGAAGGAGUUGACACAAGUAAAGAUCUCACUAAACCCUCUGUUUCUUCUUUUCCUGAUUUUGACCUAAAAGAAACUCGGAGUUUUAGGUGCACAAUUCCGCAAUCCGUGGUUGGGAGUUCUCCUUCACAUGAGAUUUCCAGAAUGUCUCCCCUUAAACCUCCAAAAAUUCCAGGCGAAACGGCGAUUCGACGCCCAUCAUUUGCUCGUUCGUCGUUUUCAAAGCCAAAAUCGAGGUUAAUAGAGUCUCCUUGUCCUGAUAGUGCAAGUUUAGCAGAAGAAAAGGCUAAAGCAAAAUCAACAUUGUAUAGCUCUCCUAAGAUGGACUCCCCAGCUAAGAUAACCACUGUGACUAGUCCUAAAGAAGCUUUGAAGUCGGCUCCGAUAACUCCGAAAACACCAUUGAUUGGAACUACUGGAAGUGAGGAGGAAGAUGAUGAAGAAGUUUACAAAACUGCAGAACUGAAAGUGAAAGAAAGAUCAGGGAAGAAAUUGAAAAGAACAGUUUUAAUUGAAUGGGUUGCAUUUUUGUGCUUAACAGGUUGUUUAAUUGCUAGCUUAACAAUAGACAAGUUGGUGACUAAAGAGAUAUGGGGAUUAGGACUCUGGAAAUGGUGUGUUCUGGUGUUAGUUAGUUUCUGCGGUCGUUUGUUUUCGCAAUGGUUUAUCAAUUGCCUGGUUUUCUUGAUUGAAAGAAACUUUCUACUUAAAAGAAAGGUUCUUUAUUUUGUCUAUGGUCUGAGGAAGAGUGUUAUCAUUUUUAUUUGGCUGGGUUUGGUUCUCCUAGCCUGGGGUCUAUUAUUUGAUCAAAGCAGCAAGAGAUCUAAGAAAGGCAAUGAGAUUCUGAAUUACAUUACACGAGCUCUCGGUGCUUCUCUCAUUGGAGCUGGAUUAUGGCUGGUGAAAACUUUGAUGGUGAAGAUACUAGCUGCUUCUUUUCAAUGCGCUAGAUUCUUCGAUCGGAUUCAAGAAUCAAUCUUCCAUCAAUAUAUACUACGCAUCCUAUCAGGGCCUCCAAUCAUGGAGAUGGCGGAGAGUGUCGGGAGAGCAGCGAGCACAGGGCAGUUGAGUUUCAGGCAUUUGAAGAAAGAAAGUGAUGGUGGGAAUGAAGGAAAAGAAGAGGUUAUUGAUGUAGAUAAACUCAAAAAGAUGAAGCAAGAAAAAAUCUCUGCUUGGACUAUGAGAGGGCUAAUCAAUGUUAUAAGGAGUUCAGGGCUGUCCACCAUCUCUAAUACAAUAGAGAAUUUCAAAGAGGAAGAGAAUGAGCAAAAAGAUAAGGAGAUUAACAGCGAAUGGGAAGCAAGGGCCGCAGCUUACCAGAUUUUCAGAAACGUUGCAAAACCGGGUAGCAAGUAUAUUGAUGAAGACGACCUCUUUCGUUUUAUGAGUAAGGAGGAAAUUGAUAAUGUGCUGCCAUUGUUUGAAGGAGGAGUUGAGACGGGAAAGAUAAAGCGAAAAACCCUGAAGAAUUGGCUGGUGAAUGUUUACAUUGAACGCAAGUCGCUAGCUCACUCAUUGAAUGACACCAAGACUGCCAUAGAGGAACUAAACAAGCUUGCUUCUGCAAUUGUACUGAUUGUGAUUAUCAUUGAAUGGCUACUUUUGAUGGGUUUCUUGACCACGCAAGUACUCGUCUUCGUUUCAUCACAGAUUCUGUUGGUGGUUUUCAUGUUCGGUAACACUGCCAGAACUGUAUUUGAAGCCAUCAUAUUCGUAUUCGUGAUGCAUCCAUUCGAUGUGGGGGAUCGUUGUGUCGUAGAUGGUGUGCAGAUGGUUGUUGAAGAAAUGAACAUUUUAACCACAAUCUUCUUGAGAUAUGACAAUGAGAAGAUCUUCUAUCCAAAUUCUGUGCUAGCCACCAAACCCAUCAGUAACUACUACAGGAGCCCUGAAAUGAGUGAUUCGAUCGAAUUUUCCGUCGACUUUUCCACUUCAAUCGAAAGCAUUGGAGCUCUAAAAGCAAGAAUAAAAACAUACUUAGAAAGCAAACCCCAGUUCUGGCGACCGAACCAUAGUGUCAUCGUGAAGGAGAUCGAGAAUAUCAACAAGAUGAAACUAGCUCUGUGUGUCAAUCACACCAUAAACUUUCAAAACUAUGGCGACAAGAGCAGUCGCAGAUCGGAUUUAGUCUUGGAGCUGAAGAAAAUUUUCGAAGAUCUCGGUAUCAAGUAUCAUCUUUUACCUCAAGAAGUUCAGCUCAACUAUGUGGGUUCAGCAGCUUCUGUGAUUCCAUCAUCUCAAAGAUGAAGAUGAAGGUCAUUUCUUCAGUUGCUCAUUUUCUUACCAAAGCUCUCAAAAUUACAAAAACAAUGGCUAACUCAUCUCCUUUUUGGCUUCAAUGGCUUUGAAUCUUUGAUGGGAAGGGAACAAAUUUUGAGUUGUACCAGUAAGGGAAAAAGAAUUGUAAAAUAUUGAUUAGUUGUUCUCAACAAAUUUUGAAUUUUAUUUAUUGACAAUUUAUGAGAAUUGACUAUUGAAAUUUAACAACAACAGUGUUGACUUUUUGUUUCUUUUUUUUUUUUUUUUUUUUUUUUUUUUUUUUUUUUUUUUUUUUUUUUUUUUUUUUUUAAAAAAAAAAAAAAAAAAAUUGUUUUGCAAUGGCGUUAGUGACAAUAAGUUUAAAAAAUGUUUUUUUUUUAAUCUUUAAUUGAUGUUCAAUGUAGAGUCUGAACCGUUCAUACUGAUCUGGCUAUGUCGUGAACUAUGCCAAUGUUGAUUGAUUCUUUUUUAAAAUUCAAAAAUUUGUUACACAUAUUUAAAGUUAGACAUAAAAUUUGAAUUCAUAUAUAGUAAAUUAAUUCAUUUUAUAAAUUUUGAAUAUGUUGGUGAUUUAUUAUAUAAAUAGAUUUUUUCAAAGACAAAUAAACAUAAACUUUAAAGUUCCACGACCAAAUUAAAAAAAAUAUCAAAUUACAAGUUUAAUCUCUAAACUUGGUCUAUUUGACUCUAAAUUUUUAAUUUUAUGUCUAAUGACUUCCUAAAUUAAAAAUUUUAUCUAAUAGAUUCUUAAACUUACAAUUUUGCAUUUAAUAGGAUCUUAAUAUAUUUAAUUUUUUCUUAAAUUAAAGAAUAUAUUUAAUUUUUCCAACAUAAAAUUACAUGAUAAUUGUUCUAUUAAAUAAAUAUAAAUUGAGGUUUGUCAACCUUAAAAUCUAAAUUUUAUUCGCUAGAUACGAGAAUUUGAGAGAAGAAUAAAAGAGAGGAAAUUUUGUCAAAAUAGGUGAAAGACCUAAUAACAUACAAAAAUUGAAAAUCUUGGACAUCCAUUAGACAAAUUUCUUCCAAAAAAAAAUUAUUGGAUACAAAAUUAAAAGCGCAAGAAUCUCUUAAACACUUUUUAAAAUUUAGACACCUAUUAAUCCUAUUAGAUAAUUGAUUAAAUUGUUAAUUCAAUCCAUAAAGUUUAUAAUUAGAAAAUAUUUUUUUAUAAUUAGCUAAUAAAUUCCAUAGUGUGAUGAGGAAAAUUAAGAUAAUCAUUAUAUUUUUAGUAAUAUUUGUUUAGUUGUUAAUUUAGAUUAAUUAAUGUUAAUUAGAAUUAUUUAGUUAAUUGUCUUAUUUUUUUGUAAUGCUAUAAAUAGUCAAUUUGAGUAUUCUCUCGUCUCUUUAUGGAUGAAC